AUGUCUAUGCACUCAGUGUCUUAUUUGAAUUCAUUUAUUCAUUUUGCAGGUUACGGAAUAAAAUGUUUUGUGUGCAACUCUUACCAUCAACAAGACUGUGGCGAUUGGUUUGAUAAUGCAACACACAGUGUCCAUGAAUGUGAUAAAGACCAGGACAGAUGCCGAAAAAUUGUGCAGCAAAUCAAAGUUGACGAUGAGUGGCAAGUUCGUUACAUUAGGCAGUGUGCUUCAGGUGGCGAGAUUGGUGCCUACGACGGCCGUGUGUUCAUUAUUUUUCUUUCUUUCUCAUUGCUUCUGUCUUUGAGUGGGUGUUGGUUUCUACUUUUGCUUAACCAUUAUUUUUUUUUCUUUCUUUUCUCUUCUUUUUCCUUUCUUUUCUCUUCUUUUUCCUUUCUUUUCUCUUCUUUUUCCUUUCUUUUCUCUUCUUUUUCCUUUCUUUUCUCUUCUUUUUCCUUUCUUUUUUUCUUUUUUUCUUUCUUUUUUUCCUUUCUCUUCUUUUUCCUUUCUCUUCUCUUUCCUUUCUUUUCUCUUUCCUUUCUUUUCUCUUUCCUUUCUUUUCUCUUUCCUUUCUUUUCUCUUUCCUUUCUUUUCUCUUUCCUUUCUUUUCUCUUCCUCCUUUCUUUUCUUUUCCUCCUUUCUUUUCUUUUCCUCCUUUCUUCUUUUCCUCCUUUCUUCUUUCUCUCUAGUUGUUGUGCAGGUCGUUCUCCGCUCACCGAAUCUAUGAUGAUUGUCCGCUCACACGAAUCUAUGACACAGCCAGCUCUUCAAAUCUAUGAUACAACCAGUUCCCUCACCGAAUCUAUGACACAGACAGCUCUUCAAAUCUAUGAUACAACAGAAUCUAUGAUAUUGUCCGCUCAAAUCUAUGACACCGAAUCUAACACCCAGCUCUUCAAAUCUAUGAUACAGUCCUAUCUUGUCCGAAUCUAUGAUACUGUCCGCUCCCAGUUCUCCAAAUCUAUGACCGCUCACCGAAUCUAUGACUCAGCCAGCUCCCCAGCAGAAUCUAUGAUAUUGUCCGCUCACCGAAUCUAUGCUCCUCAAAUCUAUGAUACAGACAGCUCCCCGAAUCUAUGA